AUGAUUUUAAAGCAUGUCUUUGAGGCGUUAUCUAUUGCUUUCUACUUAUCAUUAUCAUUCCCCUGCGCACAUUUCCAUGAUGUGAACCCGAUUCCGGGCAUCCCUGAUCCACCUCCUAUAAAGUUGGAUUCCGGUUCCUUUUCGCAUUCUGGUUCUAUCUCGCAUUCAAGUUCUGAUGCAGCUUCCCAUUCAUUUUCGGGCUCGCAAUCACUUUCGGCAAAACAUGACGAUGACAAGGGCUCUUCUUCUUCUGUAUCACAUUCAAGCUCAGUUUCUGGUGCAUCCUCACAUUCUAAUUCAGAUUCGCAUUCUGCUUCUUUUCAUCAUUCUGGUUCUAUUGAAAGUUCUGAUACUCGUGCAAAUUCUGAUGAUUCUAAAGGUUUAGGUUCUGUUGUGACUUCUAAGUCUUCAACAGGUUCCGGGGCUUCCGGUUCCUCUACAAGUUCUGGGAUUUCUAAGGGUUCUACAAGUUCUGGGAUUUCUAAGGGUUCUGGAACUACAACGGAUGUUGAUAACUCUAAAGGUUCCGGUUCUACUGUGACUUCUAACUCUUCAUCAGGUUCCGGGGCUUCCGGUUCCACUACAAGUUCUGGUUCUUCAUCAGGUUAUGGGGUUUUUAAGGGUUCUGACAACUCCUCACAAUCCGAUUCUUCAAAUCAAGGUGGUGUUAUGGGUCAUAGCUCUGCAUCUUUCUCACAUGCAGGUUCAGCUUCUAGCUCAUCCUCACAUUCCAGUUCAGCUUCACAUUCCGCUUCUUUUCAUCAUUCUGGUUCUACUGAAAGUUCUGGUACUACUGCAAAUUCUAAUGAUUCUAAAGGUUCUGGUGAAUCAUCAAUAUCUAGUUCAGCAAAUCAAGGUGGUAUUACGGGUCAUGGCUCUUCAUCUUUCUCACAUUCAAGUUCAGCUUCUAGCUCAUCCUUACAUUCCGGUUCUGGAACUACAACGAAUGUUGAUGAUUCUAAAGGUUCAGGCUCUACUGCAACUUCUAACUCUUCAUCAGGUUCCGGGGCUUCCGGUUCCACUACAAGUUCUGGUUCUUCAUCAGGUUAUGGGGUUUCUAAGGGUUCUGACAAUUCCUCACAAUCCGAUUCUUCAAAUCAAGGUGGUGCUAUGGGUCAUAGCUCUGCAUCUUUCUCCCAUGCAGGUUCAGCUUCUAGCGCAUCCUCCCAUUCCAGUUCAGCUUCACAUUCCGCUUCUUUUCAUCACUCUGGUUCUAUUGAAAGUUAUGGUACUACUGCAAAUUCUAAUGAUUCUAAAGGUUCUGGUGAAUCAUCACAAUUUAGUUCAGCAAAUCAAGGUGGUAUUACGGGUCAUGGCUCUUCAUCUUUCUCACAUUCAAGUUCAGCUUCUAGCACAUCCUUGCAUUCCGGUUCAGAUUCACAUUCUGCUUCUUUUAAUCACUCUGGUUCUAUUAAAGGUUCUGGAACUACAACGGAUGUUGAUAACUCUAAAGGUUCCGGUUCUACUGUGACUUCUAACUCUUCAUCAGGUUCCGGGGCUUCCGGUUCCUCUACAAGUUCGGGUUCUUCACCAGGUUAUGGGGUUUCUAAGGGUUCUGACAAUUCCUCACAAUCUGAUUCUUCAAAUCAAGGAGGUGCUAUGGGUCAUAGCUCUGUAUCUUUCUCACAUGCAGGUUCAGCUUCUAGCGCAUCCUCGCAUUCCAGUUCAGCUUCACAUUCCGCUUCUUUUCAUCAUUCUGGUUCUAUUGAAAGUUCUGGUACUACUGCAAAUUCUAAUGAUUCUAAAGGUUCUGGUGAAUCAUCACAAUCUAGUUCAGCAAAUCAAGGUGGCAUUACGGGUCAAGGCUCUUCAUCUUUCUCACAUUCAAGUUCAGCUUCUAGACCAUCCUCACAUUCCAAUUCAUUUUCACAUUCCGCUUCUUCUAAGGGUUCUGGCUCUUCCACAGAUUCUAACAAGUCUAAGGAAUCUAGUUCUGCUACGACUUAUCACUCUUCAUCAGGUUCUGGGGCUUCAAGUUCUGGUUCUUCAUCAGGUUCUAGCGAUUCUAAGGGUUCUGGCUUGUCUUCACAUUCUGGUUCUACGAGUCACAGUGUUGCUGCAGGUCAUGGUUCUUCAUCUUUCUCACAUUCAAGUGCAGCUUCUGGAUCAUCCUCACAUUCAAGUGCAGCUGCUGGAUCAUCCUCACAUUCCGGUUCAUUUUCACAUUCUACUUCUAAAGGUUCUGGCACUUUCGUAGAUUCGAGCAAAUCUAAGGAUUCUGGUUCUGCUACGACUUAUCACACUGCUUCAAGUUCCUCUUCAAGUUCUGGUUCUUCAUCAGGUUCUAGCGAUUCUAAGGGUUCUGGCUCGUCUUCACAUUCUGGUUCUACGAGUCACAGUGUUGCUGCAGGUCAUGGUUCUUCAUCUUUCUCACAUUCAAGUGCAGCUUCUGGAUCAUCCUCACAUUCAAGUGCAGCUGCUGGAUCAUCCUCACAUUCCGGUUCAUUUUCACAUUCUACUUCUAAAGGUUCUGGCUCUUUCGUAGAUUCGAACAAAUCUAAGGAUUCUGGUUCUGCUACGACUUAUCACUCUUCAUCAGGUUCUGGGGCUUCAAGUUCUGGUUCUUCAUCAGGUUCUAGCGAUUCUAAGGGUUCUGGCUCGUCUUCACAUUCUGGUUCUACGAGUCACAGUGUUGCUGCAGGUCAUGGUUCUUCAUCUUUCUCACAUUCAAGUGCAGCUUCUGGAUCAUCCUCACAUUCAAGUGCAGCUGCCGGUUCAUUUUCACAUUCUACUUCUAAAGGUUCUGGCUCCUUCGUAGAUUCGAACAAAUCUAAGGAUUCUGGUUCUGCUACGACUUAUCACUCUUCAUCAGGUUCUGGGGCUUCAAGUUCCUCUUCAAGUUCUGGUUCUUCAUCAGGUUCUAGAGAUUCUAAGGGUUCUGGCUCGUCUUCACAUUCUGGUUCUACGAGUCACAGUGUUGCUGCAGGUCAUGGUUCUUCAUCUUUCUCACAUUCAAGUGCAGCUUCUGGAUCAUCCUCACAUUCAAGUGCAGCUGCUGGAUCAUCCUCACAUUCCGGUUCAUUUUCACAUUCUACUUCUAAAGGUUCUGGCACUUUCGUAGAUUCGAACAAAUCUAAGGAUUCUGGUUCUGCUACGACUUCUCACUCUUCAUCAGGUUCUGGGGCUUCAAGUUCUGGUUCUUCAUCAGGUUCUAGCGAUUCUAAGGGUUCUGGCUCGUCUUCACAUUCUGGUUCUACGAGUCACAGUGUUGCUGCAGGUCAUGGUUCUUCAUCUUUCUCACAUUCAAGUGCAGCUUCUGGAUCAUCCUCACAUUCAAGUGCAGCUGCUGGAUCAUCCUCACAUUCCGGUUCAUUUUCACAUUCUACUUCUAAAGGUUCUGGCUCUUUCGUAGAUUCGAACAAAUCUAAGGAUUCUGGUUCUGCUACGACUGCUCACUCUUCAUCAGGUUCUGGGCGAUUCUAA